CCGUGGUAGAUACAACUAUACCAGAUAUCUAUUUUAGUAAUAUCCCUGUCAAUUUUAUUUGCAAAGUCAUUAAUCGUACUGUCAUUACAAGAGGGCCAAUAGAAUCAUUUUGUAUAUUUUUACGUACCUACCAUAAUUUCUGUGUUUUUAACGCGUCAACACUCAACGGCCACUUUAUUUCCAAUAAAAUAGUAGGUACCUCUGUUUAAGUACAACAUUUUAAAUCAUGUUCCGCAAAUUCCGUCCAAGUAUGUUACAGAAUCAAGUUCUGCAUAUACGUGGUAAAAAGGAUGGAAAACAAGACAAAUCAAAACAGAAAAAACCAGAGUGCCCUUGUAUAUGCCCUCCACAUUACAAAAUACUUACUAUGGACGAUAUGCAAUUGCCGUAUGGUAAUUGGAAAGACCAAUAUCAAAAGAGAAACAGAAAAUACAAUACAAUAUUCUUGUUUGGUUUGAUUUCAUUGAUUGGUUCUAUUAUAGUUCUAAACAAAUCAUCUAUAUUUUUUAAUGCAUUUCCACCUCCUUAUCCCUUUGAUAAAGAAGAUAUAUUUGAAUGUGCCGAUGAUGAUGAAGACGGUGAAUUUGAAUGUGAAUGUGAAUGUUAGUAUCUAGCUACCUAACCGAUAUAUUUUUAAUAGUUAUCUAAAUCAAAAAACUAUUUCAUGACAAAAUUAUCAUUAUAAGAUUUGUUUUAUGUUAAACACAUUAUCAUUAUAUAAUAUACAUUAUAAACAUUAAAAACUAUAA